CGGAGGGCGUUGCGCGGCACGCGGUCGCAGGCGCAAGGCAGGAAUGGGCAACCGCGUUGCCCGCAGCGACUUCGAGUGGGUUUACACGGACCAGCCUCACACGCAGCGGCGGAAAGAAAUUCUAGCAAAGUAUCCAGCCAUCAAAUCUCUAAUGGGCCCAAAUCCCCACUUAAAAUGGAUUGUGUCCGGAAUGGUGCUCACCCAGCUUCUCGCCUGCUACCUGGUGAGAAAUCUCGCCUGGAAGUGGAUUUUUUUCUGGGCCUACACUUUUGGAGGCUGUAUCAACCACUCCCUGACCCUCGCGAUCCAUGACAUCUCUCACAACGUUGCCUUUGGUAACAAGCAGGCCAGGUGGAACCGAUGGUUUGCCGUCUUUGCCAACCUGCCCAUUGGACUUCCGUACUCUGCCUCCUUCAAGAAGUAUCACAUCGACCAUCACCGGUACCUUGGCGGAGAUGGUUUGGACACCGACCUGCCCACUGACUUCGAGGGCUGGUUCUUUUGUACUCCAUGUCGGAAACUGAUUUGGAUUGCCUUCCAGCCAGUUUUUUAUGCCUUGAGACCUCUGUAUGUGAACCCCAAAGCAAUUACUGAGAUGGAAAUCUUUAAUGCAUUGGCACAGUUCUCUGUCGACAUUAUUAUCUGCCACCUGUGGGGCUUGAAGCCCGUUAUAUACUUAAUAGCAGGAACACUCCUUUGCUUGGGCUUGCAUCCUAUCGCUGGGCACUUCGUAGCAGAGCACUAUAUGUUUUUGAAAGGACACGAAACGUAUUCCUAUUAUGGACCCCUGAACUGGAUCACCUUCAAUGGGGGUUACCAUAUGGAGCACCAUGACUUCCCAAGCAUUCCUGGAUGCCAUCUGCCCAUGGUAAAGAAGAUAGCAGCCGAAUAUUAUGACAACCUACCUCACCAUCAGUCUUGGGUCCGAGUUCUCUGGGACUUCAUUUUUGAUGAUUCCAUCAGCCCAUAUGCAAGGGUAAAGAGAAGAUGCAAACUAGUGUCCCAGACGCAAUAGCUGUUCAAGACUUGAGUCUUCCUUCUUCCAAGCUUAAAGGACCUCAUUCGCCAUAUAUCCCCCACCCCCUGCAACCAAACACUUACAAAUUAAUAUACUUUAUUAGGAAUGCUUGCCAGGUAGGGAUAGAAUAGCUGCUACAAUGUUUCUACUCUUAAAAGGAUUUUAUAUAAACUAAAUAUGAAGAAAUUUUAUAAUGAAGCUGAUGAAAAGUGCUUUUAAAGUUUAUACUAUAUUUUUUAACAAAUGUAAAAUUCUUUUGCUUAUCAGAAUUUUCUGAAUUUUAUACAAUAAGGGAGAAAUCCUAUGCUUGUUUAGCUGGCUAAAUGUCUGUAGGAUUCUGGGAGUUCUCUGCCUAUACAUGCAUAGGAUUGCUCCUUAAGGGUGGGGGAUCAGUGGCCAUCAUUAUGUUGUUCAGCGUCCAGUUCUUAUCAGAUCCGCCAAGCAAGGACAGGAUGAUGGGAGUUGUAGAGUGGAGUACCACAUUUCCCCUGCCUGACUUGAGUCCGAUCUAAGUCAAUCUGUUGACUUCUCCUAUUUCUAUCUUAAUAGUGUCAUUAGGUGAUCUUGAGACUUCAAGGUUAAGCCAACUUCUCUCCAGAGCCACUCUGAUCUCCUUAAUGUCCUGCCUGAUGAAGAGUUCUGGACAAAAAUGAAAGCGUAACCAUUUCGGGUUAGUCCCCAUAAAGGCUGCUUUUGGCACAUUUCUCAUGGGCCAACACAGCUCUCCCCCCAUUUUUGGGGGGGAUGUGGGUUGGAGAUGUUAACACUGUGCUUUGAGAAACCAGAAGUUCAAUGGUGUCACCAGCAUUCAUCCAUAAGAACCCAUCCUAUUUAUCCAGUCUUUGAUGCAUAGCCAUUUUUAAGAACACUUGAAGCCCCAUGAAGGAUCAGGCCACUGGUCCAGCAUCCAAUCACACAAAACUAGUGGCCAAGCCAGCUGCCAAGAGGAAUCCCAUCAGGGCCACAGCAUCCUCCUGUCCAUGCUAUCGAUUUCAUCUGCUCCAUUAAUUGUUUUAUCGACUGUAUUGUGUGCUGUUUUCAGCAUAUGUAAGCUGCCCAGAGAACCUUUGGGUUAUGGGGUGGCAUGGAACGAAAUAAAAAAAAGAAAAUGUUCUGCAGCAUGUAGGCACACUUGCUUUGCUCCUGGAGGUUGCACAGAGCCCUCACAACUAGUCGCCAUUGAUCGUCUUCUCUGUGAGCUGCUUUCUUUCUCUUAGCUAUACUCCUUUUAUGCAACUUUUUAAUUUAUUUUCUCAUGUUAUAAUUGCAUUUACAUUUCACUUUGUUUUUGCGAUAUUACCACUUGCACUGGAUGUUUUCCAUCUUGAUUGGAUGCUGAGCUAAGAACUGUCAUUAAAAAGGUGAGAAGCCA